CGAGAGGUUAAAUUAUGAAAAACUGCCUAUUUCUUCAAGAAUUAAAAGAGAUAUUAAUGGAAAUUCAUAUUUUUCACACUUGGAUGGCUAUAAUUCUCAAUAUCACAAAUUAAAAUUUGAGGCAUUUGGAAAAAACUUCGAGUUAUUACUCGAAGCGAGCUAUCAAGAAAUGGCCCCCAAUUUACAAAUAAUCACAGUUUCCGGUUUCGGUAACGAAACAUUACACAACUCGGUAGAAUACGUUCGUUGGUUAUAUACCGGGAUCGUCAAAGGAGACCCCUAUUCUCACGUAGAGGGAAACUUAUUGGACGGUUAUUUCGAAGGCAGAAUUAUUACCUCCCCCAUUGCGAUUGGUUCAGGUCAUCAUAUUCAUGCUCCAUCUUAUUUCGACAAUUCGAUGCAUAACGCUAACAAUCGAACGAAGCCUAUCACCUCCAUGUACGUUCAACGAAUUUAUCCAGGCAAUGAAUUGAACGAUUUUCAUUCCGUCAUUUAUUCUGAAAAUCAUAUGAAAGAUCAUUUUGCCCUCCAUAAAACGACGCCCAACUCCAUGACAGAUGAGUCAAUCACACAAAAAUCAAUAUAUCAUAAUAAUAGUGGUUUAAAGAUAGAGAUGGAAGGAGACGACCACUCUCAUGACUCUUGGUGUGGUUUGAGCGACAAACGUAUCAGGAACUGGAUGAUGUCUCACUAUUCGACACCUCUUGACUCAAUCAAUCCUAGAUCUCACGCACACGAUAUAAACGAAAAAUUAUCGCGUGUAAAUUCUCAACAAAAAUCUCGUCGCCCUAGAGGAGUCAGAAGGUCCGAAAUUCCCGAAAAAAAUACGUGUUCUCUUUUUAUACAGACCGAUACCUUCUUGUGGAAUCAUAUAAUCAAGAAAUUGGACACUACAGACAGGAGACGCGUCAGAGAAGAAAUCAUAGCGAUGAUAUCCUCCCACAUCAAGGCCGUCAAUCAUAUCUACGGCUCCACCGAUUUCGGUGAGGUCAAAGGUAUCCAAUUCGUUGUACAAAGGAUCAAAGUUUUAGAGUCCACUUACUGUGACAACGUAUCCGAUCAACGGCAAGGUAGUUACUGCAACCCCAAUUUGGAUGUCACCAACGUACUAAAUCUGUGGUCACUCGAAAAUCAUGACGAUUUUUGUUUGGCAUACCUUUGGACUUACAGGGACUUUGUAGGGGGCACGUUGGGCCUGGCUUGGGUGGCCGCCCCUGAUAGGGAAUCGGGUGGACUUUGCGAGACAUUCAAACCAUACAGUGACCUUAAUCAAAUCAAGAGGCGUACGAUUUACAAAUCGCUCAAUACGGGGAUCAUAACCUUGGUCAAUUACGGUGCUCAAGUCUCUCCUCGCGUCACUCAUUUAACGUUCGCUCACGAGAUUGGUCACAAUUUGGGAUCACCUCACGAUUUUCCUUCCCCGUGCAGACCGGGCCAGGCUUACGGAGAUCGGGAAGGGAAUUACAUAAUGUUCUCUUCUGCCACUUCCGGUGAUAAAUCCAACAACGAUAGAUUCAGUAUUUGCAGCAAGGUUAACAUGUCCAAGAUCCUCGAUGCCAUCAUUUUCGAGAAAUAUGGGAAAGUCAAUUGCUUGAUCAAAAAUGAUGGCGCUUUCUGCGGCAAUGGUCUGCGAGAGGAAGGAGAGGAGUGCGAUUGCGGUUACCUAGAAGAAUGUCAGGAGAACGGGGAAAUCAUGUGUUGUCACCCCAGAACCGAAGACCUAAACACUUCCUGCAAGAAAAAACCUGGGGUCAUGUGUAGCCCUAGCGAAGGCCCAUGCUGUACCAAGCAAUGCAAGCACAUGACGCCGAAUGUGAUGUGUUCUCGGCACACAGAAUGCAGUUUGGAUUCGUUCUGCACUGGUUUGUCAGCUUCAUGUCCCGAUCCCCGCCACAGAGACAACCGAACCACUGCAUGUAACGAUAACACUCAAGUGUGUUGGCAAGGGCAAUGUUUGGGUUCGAUAUGCGAAAAAGUUAAUCUCGAACAAUGUUUUAUCAAAUACCCUAAAGAGAACAAAAAUCCGGACAGGGAAAAACUUUGUCAAUUAGCCUGUCAGCAGAUCAACCAACCAGAAACGUGUAAAAGCAGUCACGAAUACCCGGCUCUCAGGGCUAUAAAUAAAGGGAAUGGCAUAAACCUCAAACCCGGGUCUCCUUGCAACAAUUACUUAGGCUAUUGCGACGUAUUUUUGAAAUGCCGAGAAGUAGACCCCCAGGGACCCUUAACCAGGCUCAAAAAUCUUGUAUUCAACACGAAGACCUUCGCUGUGUUAAAGACUUGGAUCGUGGAACAUUGGUGGGCCAUCUCUCUGAUAACGCUAGGUAUGAUGUUAUUCAUGGGUCUCUUCGUCAAAUGUUGCGCCGUCCACACGCCCAGUAGUAACCCUAAAAGACCGCCAGCUCGUACUUUUAGUGAUACCAUGUCGCGGACCGCUCAUACUAUCAGAAGGACUAGCCACCACGUGUUACAUUCAGCAAGCACCCUCAGGAGAAUAUCUUCAAAUCCGCACCAUUCAACUUCCGCCGACCAAUUACCCCCUAUAAGUAGGAUAAGAGUUUUCCCUUCCAACCAUCAAGGGCACGCCCCUCAGCCCUCCGCGCCUCACCUAAGCGAGAACAGCAUCGUAUACACCGACAGGAACGGUAGGAAUUUCGGUGCUAAAGCCAAUAAACUUUCUAAGCACCGGGCAUUGGCAUACAAGGGCAAAAAUGUGGGAGUACAGGCUCAACAAAUGCAUCACAAACAAAUAAAAAAACAAAAGGAAAAACAGAGGAGGGCCACCAAAAAGGAUAGCAGAAAUGGCUCAAACAAUUUGAUACCUAAUUCUAAUGAUUUAUUGUCCGCUCGCGCGUCCUCUUCUUCGAAUCACAAUAAUCAUUACGCUAAACGGACUCAGCACCCGCAAAUUAAAGAGCGCAUAUUAGUCACGGUUGCCUCAUCUCGUUCCUCGAUCCCGCAGGGCGCGCCCCCGCCUUAUGAUAAUGUCGUAAGUGGUAGUAAUUCGUCAAAUGCACCCGCGAUUGCACGUUCUUUACCCUUUCUGGUGCACGAAAACGGUGGCAAGCUACCCAAGGUAGGAUACGGUAAAAACCGCGGCAUUUACAAUCAGGUUAAAGAAACGGCCAUUCUUUCAUCCGACAAAAAGAAAAAAAAAUCCAAAAAAUGAUAAAAUCGCAUUUUUAUUUGUUUUUUUUACAGAAUUUAUUUUAAUAUAAAAAAAAGGCUCAAGUAUUUAGAAGUUUAAAUAUGCGUGACUGAACUAUUAAAACAAAUUUUUCGUAUUUUGCCACACAAAAAUAUGCACAAAUUUUUUUUAAGUAU